UUUACGAGAUCGAAGUCAUGUUUGGAAGAAGUUGGAAUUUAGUUUCUGUUUUCUGCAGAAAUAAUUGUCAUAUUUUAAACAGAUCAAAGGUACAAAGUCAGAUCACCACCAGGUCAUAUUUUCCAAGGUCAGCUGUAAGACAAAGCAAACUAUUGAUACAGAGAGUGGAAAGUAGUUCCAACAAAAAUGAAGCCUUUGCAAGAUCGGCAAAGAAAGGGCCUGUAACCUGGACAUCAUUUUUCUUUGUUGUUCUUGCUGGUGGUGGGUGUGUUUACUAUGUGAGAUAUCUAAAACAACAGAAGGAAGAAGCCAAAGAACAAGAAAAGAGGAGAUCAAUAGGUAAAKUUGCUUUAGGAGGUCCCUUUGAUCUAUUUGACCAUACUGGUAAGCCUGUCAAUGAUAAGGACUUUAGAGGAAAAUGGCUGCUGAUUUACUUUGGCUUCACACACUGUCCUGACAUAUGUCCUGAUGAACUGGAGAAGAUGGCAAARGCUAUUGAUUUAGUAGACAAAACAACCAAAGGAAAAGUAAAGCAAGAAUUGCAGCCAUUGUUCAUCACCGUAGACCCAGUGAGAGACAAUGCUAAGGCCAUUGCAGAUUACAUUAAAGAAUUCCAUCCUAAGCUAAUAGGUUUAACAGGACCUGUAGAGAAGGUCAAGGAAGUGUGCAAGUCAUACAGGGUUUAUUUCAGUGCAGGACCAGCUGAUGACGAUAAUGAUUAUAUCGUAAGUAAAGUGCGAAUMCAAAAAAAGCAAACGUCUGAGUGUGUGUUUCGCUUUCACUCCUAUAAAUAACACCAAUGUUUCAAA